CUCCGGACUCAGUUUGUUGGAAACAGUCGAACUAAUAGGAGAUCCAACUCUUAUUCGGGAAUGUUAAGAAUUCAACGAAUUGAAAUUACGUCAUUUUAAGUAAACUUUAUUACCCCCAAUCCGCCAGAAUGAUCCUACAGCGGUCAGGAUGGCUGACGGCCAUCGCCCUUGUCCCUAUUUUUGCGGGAUUUUCUAUAGCAUGGAUGGAUGAAAGGCCAGUGCUCGAGGUACGCGAUGGGAACCUCUUUGUUACCAGUGCUAAAGACAAAAAUAUUACUCUGAAGACAACAGGCGCUAGCUACGUUAACGUAAAUGGAAUAAAUCUGCUUCACGUCGCGUCAGCGGCGCAAAAUGCUUCGAUUUUGGUGGAACAGUGGAAGUUAGGUAUCCUUACGGAAUUGGAAAACGUUUUGUCACGGCUAACGGAAGCCAUCGAAGGUCCUUACGGUCUGCAGAGUAAGGUUCACGCCCUUGAAAUGGGGCUUGAUAUGAACCGAACCAUGUACAGACCGAGUACGAGCAGGACUUCUCCAAGACCUUUCUUCAAUUCCGGAACUGACAAUAUCGCGCGAACACGAAUCCAACGACUUACUGCCCGGGUUCGGCAGCUCGAACUUGCAACAGCGAGUUUCCGCCGAAAAUUGGAAACUGACGAAUGCGUGAGCAACCCGUGCCGAAAUGGUGGUACGUGUGAAGAUAAAAUUGAUGGAUAUAAAUGCUUGUGUAUGGAAGGCUGGGAGGGGCCCCAGUGUGAAGCGGACGUCAACGAAUGCCACAGAUUCGAUGGAACCGAUCUCGGAUGCCAGAAUGGAGCUACCUGUCGAAAUACACCUGGAAGCUACUCCUGUGCCUGUGCAAGUGGAUGGUUUGGUAUUCACUGUACGAAACGAUCGAUGGAUUGCAAUAACGAAAAUUCUAACGAGAUUUGCGGCCAUGGUGUUUGCAUCAACAAACCUGGUACUCCGUUGGGAUACGCCUGUAUCUGUGACCAAGGUUGGGAGAUUGACAGUGUUACUUCCGCCUGUACCAAAGACGUUGAUGAGUGCACAGGCAAGCGUCCUCCGUGCUCAGUUAACCCAUUGGUACCCUGCAUAAACGUACCUGGGACUUUCUACUGCGGGGGCUGUCCUCAAGGUUAUACAGGAAACGGAUAUUAUUGUACCGAUCUUGACGAAUGUACGAUUAACAACGGGGGAUGCAGUACAUCCCCAUCAGUUCCCUGCAUCAAUACUAUGGGAUCUAGAAUCUGCGGCUCUUGUCCUCCGGGGUACCAAGGUGACGGUGUUACUUGCACGUAUGUUGGAUCGUGCAGAAUUAACAAUGGCGGAUGUCAUCCUAUGGCUACAUGUAUAGACAGCCCAGGUAUGGGUGAUUAUAUCGUACAGUGUCGAUGCCUACCUGGCUACCAAGGUACUGGAAUGGGACCAAACGGCUGCCAGGUAGCUGGUACUGACAUCGGCGUUCACACGUCGUGUUCCAGCAAUCCUUGUGUUCAUGGAAGUUGUGUUCCAAAUGGACCAAGCGACUACAGGUGCAUGUGCUAUGCUCGGUUCACCGGCAAGAAUUGCGACGUCGAAUCAAAUCCUUGCGAUCCAAACCCAUGCAGAAAUGGUGGAACAUGCAUGGUAAGAAAUAGAGGAGCUGCCUGUCGCUGCACCAAUAGUUUUAGCGGACCACGGUGUGAGACACCGAGAGAAUCGUGUGGACAAACUUUCAGAGAUUUGCAAGGUACUUUACAGUUCCCAACUGUCAGCAGGACUUAUCAACACAGAUUGAGCUGUGCCUGGGUUUGGAUAACGAAUUCGUCCAUGGUGCUGAAUAUAACAUUCACCGUCUUCAAUUUGGAACACUCUACCGAUUGCCAGUUCGACUUUGUACAGAUCCACGACGGUCCGACAGCCGGUGAACAUAUAAUUGGAAGAUACUGUGGAAACAGUUUGCCGAAUGGUGGAAAUAUAAUAUCUUCUCAGGAAGCUGUUUAUUUAUGGUUUCACUCAGACGGCAGUAUUGCAAAGGAUGGAUUCACCUUGGAGUGGAACUCAAUCCCACCCGUGUGCGGUGGGGAGAUAAAUGCUGAUCACGGUUCCAUUAGCUCACCCGGAUCACCGGGAAAAUAUCCGGCUGACAGGGACUGCAGCUGGUUUGUCAGCGUCACAUCAGGAAAAAGGAUUCAAUUCCAUUUCUUCACUAUGAUGCUGGAGGAACACCCGACGUGUGAUAUGGACUAUCUCGAGAUAAAAGAUGGUAGAAGUGCCUCCAGUAACAGAUUGGGACUGUACUGUAAUCAUACCCAUCCACCACCGCUGGUCACAUCCGGUUCUGAGGCUUGGCUACACUUCCAUUCAGACAGUGCUGGGCAGGACGCGGGAUUCCAGAUUACUUUUUCAAGUAUUGAAGGAAUACCUGGUUGCGGAGGAGUUUAUACCGCAUCUUCCGGGACUCUACAAACACCGAAUUUCCCAUUACCUUACGAUUCAAAUCUAGACUGUGAAUGGAAGAUACAAAUUCCAACGGGAGAGAGAGUGAAAAUAACUUGGAUCAGCUUUGAGCUUGAAAGUUCUCAUGGUUGCAGAUUCGACUAUGUGGAGAUAUACAGUGGCCAUAACAGGGAAGCUCCAUUGGUCGGAAGAUACUGCGGCGAUACACUUCCUUCAAGCAUUUUAUCAGAAUCGAAUGUUUUACUCAUACGUUUCAGGUCUGACUGGAGUUUUAAUGAGAAAGGUUUCCAAUUCACUUAUGAGGUAUGGUGUGGUGGACAGUUCACCGAAGAAACUGGCGUUAUACAAUCACCCUAUUAUCCACAACCAUAUCCUGCGUCGAGGACAUGUGUUUACGAAAUAAUACAACCACCGGGAAAGGCCAUAUCGUUGGAGAUUCAGGACAUGGACAUCGAAGGUCUGGGUUACCCCGAUUGCGUGUUCGACUACUUAGAAGUCCACGAUGGUGAUAACGAGAAUUCAACAACUAUCGGCACAUAUUGUGGAUCGAAUUCAUCUAUUCCUGAAUUUCCACUUAUGUCGACCCACAAUUACAUGUACCUCAAAUUCACGACUGAUCGUAGCAACCACCAGCGUGGAUUCAAAGCCGUUUACACAACUUCUGACCGAAGGUGUGGAGGUCUCUUUAAAACGCCAUCCGGCGUCAUCCAGAAUCCAACCACUGGUUCUGGAUACGACAAUGAAGAGGACUGCCAUUGGACAGUUCAGGCACCCCCUGGAUACGUUAUACAAUUGACCUGGCUAACGUUUGACCUAGAAUACCACCCUGCUUGUCGCAAUGACUACGUUCAAAUUUAUGAAAAUAUAACGAGGGACUCACGGCAGGAUAUGGGAACGUAUUGCGGGACGACAAAACCACCUAUAUUGACGACGCAAUCUCGAAUAAUGUCGAUUCACUUUCAUACCGAUGGAUCAGUAACAAGGGACGGGUUCAUGGCUUCCUACGUAUUUAUUGAUGCCUCUAAAGUUUGCGGAGGACACUUUUUCGCGCUUACUGGAUCCAUCAAAACACCUAAUUACCCAGAGCGUUAUCCGGAAAGUAGACAGUGCGAAUGGAUCAUCGAAGCUGCCAAUAGACACCAGAUAGUCCUAAACGUCGUGAAGUUUGACUUGGAAUCGCAAUCCAGCUGCUCAUUUGACUACCUUGAAAUAAGGAACGGAGGCACCGCAACGUCUCCUUUAUUGGGAAAAUACUGCGGCUCUAACAUUCCAAUGCAAAUUACGAGCUUUGGAAAUCAAAUGUACCUGAAGUUUUCCUCAGACGUAUCGAGAGGCGGCGAGGGUUUUAAUAUAGAAUGGGAUUCUACCACCAUUGGAUGCGGUGGGACUUUGAAUACUACCAGUGGGUCUAUUUCUUCUCCCGGUUACCCUCAGCCCUACAUUCGCAAUGCUGAAUGUAACUGGCAGAUCGGCGUGUCAGCUGGCAGUAUCAUACAGCUGAUAAUAGUCGACUUAGACCUUGAGCAGCACGAUCAAUGUUCAUUCGAUUUUAUCGAAAUAUACGAAGGACCUAACAGACGAGGCAAAAAAUUGGGAAGAUAUUGUGGCACGAACCACCCCCUUUACGUCCAGACCACUACAAACGUUGCGUCUGUUCGUUUCCGCAGUGAUUACAGUGGUUCUGGGCGAGGUUUCCAUAUAAAUUACAUCACUUUAUGCCAUAACAAACUUCACGCUCACCGAGGAGUUAUCGAAUCACCGAAUUUCCCCAACGAUUAUCCACACAGAGAAAACUGCAGCUGGACUAUCGAGGCACCGAUGGGUAACAAGAUUAAUCUCACCUUCUCUCACUUCGACUUGGAAGCAGGAAGCGAAGAAUCCUGCCCGUACGAUUAUUUGGAGGUGAAAGAGGGUGACGAUGAUCAACCCACUCGAGAGAUUGGCAAAUACUGCGACUCCACAGCCUUGCCACCCAAAGUGGUAUCGACCCAACGGCAGGUCUUUUUACAAUUUUAUUCCGACAGUUAUCUUGCUCACAAUGGCUUUCGGCUUGAAUGGGUUGUCAAUGGUUGCGGUGGUUUCUUGAAUAAACCAGAAGGGAUAAUCAUGUCCCCUGGAUACCCUCAACCAUAUCCUCAGAAUAUUGAAUGCGAAUGGAGCAUUGCGGUUGACUACGCUUGCAGUAUAGAACUUACAUUGGUGGAUGUGAACUUGGAAAAAAUACAGAAUUGUGUUUUCGAUAAACUGGAAAUUUACGGUGGCGCAGAUGAUUCCGCACCAAAAUUAUUAGACACGUGUCACACUGAUCGUCCAGUUGUCUUAACGAGUUCGAGCAAUAAGCUAUUCAUCAAAUUCUCUUCCGAUCAUUCUUAUGAAGCCUCAGGAUUCAAUGCUUCAUACAGAAGUGUGCCCAUUCAAUGUGGCGGGAAAUUCACGACAGCGACCGGUAUCAUACAUUCAGCAAACUACCCUUCAAAUUAUCCCGCGAACCAAAAUUGCGAGUGGUAUAUUCAAGUGCCCGUGAAUCAUAUCGUCAAUCUCACCUUCAUCGACUUCGACAUUGAAGCAAGCAGAAAUUGCAGCGAUGACUACGUUAGAAUUUAUGAUGGCUCAACUCGAGACGCGCCUGUACUGGGAUCUCAUUGUCGCAAUGCGCUUCCUCCAUCGUAUAUUUCCACGACCAAUGAACUUCUAGUCGUGAUGCGAACAGACCCUUACGUUCAGGCAAAGGGUUUCAAAGCGACUUAUGCCCUUGCAUGUGGAGCACGCAUCGUUUCUAAUGACCAAGGAGUAAUUUCAAUGGACUCGUCGGUCGGUCUGUAUACAGAAAUAACCAAUUGCACCUGGACCAUCAUAGCCGAACACCCAGAGGACCACGUCACCCUGACUUUUACUCACAUACAAGUAAUGGGGAUGAACUACGGACACGAUGACUGUGAGGAUAACUCCAUACAGGUUUUCGAAGGUGAAGGGACAGAUGGACCUGCACUAGGAACGUGGUGCGGUACAAAAGUUCCCUCGUCAAUUGUGAGUCAAGGAAAUGCAUUAACAAUACAUGCAUCAUCCAUUUAUGGAGCGUUGUAUCACUCGGUUUUCUCCGCUACCUACUCUGUGCUGAAUUCAGCAUGCGGAGGGAAUUACAGCUCAGAACAUGGUACGAUCUCGACACCAGGUUAUCCGAAUAGCUAUCCAAGGAAUAUAGAGUGCAUCUGGUCCCUGCGCACAUCUCCAGGAAAUCCAAUAAGCUUGAGUUUCACGGAGUUUGAUGUUAUCCAAAGCCAAAAUUGCGAUUUAGAUUACGUUGAAGUUAGAGAAGAAAGCGGAAUUGGAAAAUUGAUCGGAACGUUUUGUGGAACGGAUGUUAAUGCGAUAAAUUCACCAAAAAGCUUAUGGAUAAAGUUCAGAAGCACUGCAGAUGGGACGGGGAAAGGAUUCGCUGCUGAGUACAACAUCGUUCAUGGAAGUGAUUUAUCAGGACCCAGUGGACAGAUUGCUUCUCCAUUGUAUCCGCAUCCGUACAUGAUCCAAGGAGAAUUUCAGUGGCACAUCACCGUUGACUUCAAAUCCUCGAUAUUGAUAACUUUCGAAGAUUUUCACAUCGAUCGAUACGCGGACGAGUGCUACCUUUAUCUCACUAUCUACGAUGGAUACGAUAGCGAAGCUCGUGAACUGAUUUCGGCAUGUGGUACGACUCUGCCGAAGCCAGUGCGAUCGUCGAGUAAUGUAGUUUACCUCAAGUUCUCUACGCAUUCAAUGAGACAAGGCAGCUGGUUCCUUUUAAACUGGUUACAAGUACCUAGAACAGAAAUUGGCGAAUCUGACGAUGGCGACAGUACUCGAACAUCGUGCCAUGAAAUCAUCUCUCUAGUCAACCGUGGAGACACCAACUACACAAUCAGUUCACCUGGAUGGCCUCAAGGCUACGACACAAACCUUGAUUGUAGUUGGACUCUGGAAUCGAUUCCAGGAACUCAUCUUGUCCUCAGAUUCAAUACAUUAGAUUUGGAAACGACCGAACAAUGCCUCGCCGAUUAUGUUCAAGUGUUUGCCGGAAAUCCCAUGUCAGCAUCACGCUCAUGGAGUCAAGUGGGAGAUAACUAUUGCUAUACCAAUGCUACUCGGACACCGGUCGAAGCAACAAACCUUAUGAAAGUUGUAUUUCACAGCGACGUAUAUCUUAAUGGAACUGGAUUCAACGCCACAAUUCGUAAAGCUUGCGGUGGUCAGCUACAGGGUCCAAAUGGAGUUAUAGAAGCAAAUGAAACAUCAACCACUGGUCAUUUGCCUCAGUGGUCGUUACAGUGUCAGUGGAAUGUCACCGUCAGACCGGGAAGGACCAUAGGAGUUAGAAUCGUCAGUUUGAAUAUCCACAAUUCUGAUUCAAUUUGCGGGAUCAAUUACCUCAUGUUGAAAAAUGGCCCAUCACCUUCAUCUCCUAUUCUUGGUAUUGGCAAAUAUUGUGGUACCGCAGUACCCAAUGAGGAGUUGCUAACGACUGGAAAUCAGCUCUACGUAAAAGUAAUCGGCAUGAGAGUACUAACUCAGUUCAAAUUACAAUACAGGGAGAUAGGAAUGAACUGUGGAGGGGAAAUUUUGUUAGGACCGCAAACCAAGAUGUGGCAAAUAACCACUCCUAAUUACCCUAAUAUUCCAUCGCCACAUUCAGAAUGUUUCUGGACUGUUAUGGCACCCGCUGGAGAAAUGAUAUCGAUACAUUUCCCUGACAGAUUUGACCUUGCGCCCAGCCAUGGCUGCACUAGAGAAUAUCUAGAGAUCAGAGAUGGUGGAACUGACAUUUCAAGGCUACUUGGACGAUACUGUGGAAGUCAGGCACCCAGUAGUAUGUUUACUACUGGAAAUGUGAUGUACCUCCACUUCUACACCGACAUUCCUGAUCCCAAAAAUGGUUUCAAUGCUACAGUCACCAUUGGUGAACAAUGCGGUGGCUUGAUAAGGGGUAGACAAGGCGUUAUAGAAUCGCCCAAUUAUCCUAAUCAUUUCCCCCCAAAUAUCACCUGCAUAUGGCGUAUCGUUGGUCCUCCUGGUCACACAAUAAAACUGCAGUUCAGAGACAUCCACUUGGUGAAUUAUGUACGUUGUGAAGGUUCGGAUCAUGUGGAAAUUGCCGAAGAAUUACGGUUGAACGGAUCAUCCGACGCAUCAAUUAAACCACUAGGAGUGUUCUGCGGAACAACAAAACCAGAAUUGAUUCAAUCGGCGGGGAAUAUAGUUGAAGUUAAAUUCAUCAGCGAUACCAGAUCUGUAUCUCAUUACAGAGGAUUCAGUCUGAACUUCACAACUUCUCCAGAUGUAUGCGGUGGUAGUCUAAUCGGUUCGGCAGGUGAAUUUAGUUCGCCCGGAUAUCCCAAUAUUAAUGGGCGCAACAGGUAUUGUCAAUGGAGGAUCUCUGUACCCGAAGGACAUCGUGUACAAAUUGAUAUCGUCGAUCUUGACAUAGGGGCGACGGACGUAGCACUUCCGCAGCCAUUCGGGCCACGACUAUUGUUCUAUCAUGACUUCAAUUACAUAGCUCACAACAAAGAUAUUACAGCACAUGAUACGGACAGGCAGAUUAUCAGCACCAGUAACAAAAUGCUUGUUUGGUAUUGGUCGAGUACUGGAACACGGAGGGGUUUCAAAGCUCGUUAUUCUGCAAUUUCUCCUUCACUGUGCGGCGCAACGGUGAGGGAUAACGAAGGUACUCUUUUGACAAAUCAGAAUACCGUUUUCAAUAUGACUGAUUUCUAUUGCGAAUGGAAAGUUUAUUCUCCAACACUAAACACAAGCGAUAAAACGCUCGCGGUUACUUUGACUGGAUUUGUUAGCCGACUUGAAGAUUCUGGCGGAUCUAAUCGUUGUCGUUACAGUUCUAAUUCGCUAAUAAUAACUGACAGCGAUGAUAAACCGGUAGUAAAUUAUUGCGGAAAUAGAACCAAACCUAUUGUUAUUCGAUCUCCCUCGCAGGUCAACACCAUUAUGGCUGUGAAAGGGUCUCCGGAUCCGGUGAAUUAUACUAUAUCUUACCGCUGGUACGGGUGUGGUGGAAUACUGCAUGGUCCUUCCCACACAGUUACUGUACCUAGGGGUUCAACUUAUCCGAUAGACUGUGCUUGGCACGCUAAAUUCCCGGAUAAUGGAGAGGUCAUAACGCUGUCUUUCAAGAAACUCAACUUGGGAACAUGUGCUACUAAUUACAUACUCGUCAGAAACGGUGGCGCGUUGUCGCCACAGUUUGACAAAAUUUGCGGAUCAAUUCUGCCUCUAAACAUAAAAUCUCAAUCGAACGAGUUGUGGAUCGAAUACCAUGGUGAAGACUCCCACAAUGACUUUGAAUUCCAAGUUGAAACACUUCAGGGUGGUUGUGGUGGAUUCUUACAGCAGAGCGUUGGAGUAAUAACCAGUCCUGGGUUCCCGAGUCAGUAUCCAAAUAACGCAGAGUGUGACUGGAUUAUUGCAGUAGAAAAUGGUUAUCGCAUUGGAUUGGUAUUUGUAGAUCGUUUCAAUCUUGAAACCAGUUCAAAUUGCGGUAACGAUUUCGUCCGGGUAUUCGACUGGCAGCUAGAAGAUCACAGUGAUCCAGAUUCUGCUGUAUGGCUAGAGAUCGCUACAGUAUGCGGUAGAAAUACACCACAAGUAUUCAACUCAACUUCGAAUCGAAUGAGGGUUCAAUUCCGAUCGAACAAUGCCAUUCAAGGCGAUGGUUUCCGGGCUAAAUGGAAUACGAAUUGCGGCGGAAUCAUACCAGUAACGAAGAGCGUAAGAUAUCUCACAUCACCUGGAUGGCCAUUGGGUUAUCCAGCAAAGAUGAACUGCAACUAUACUUUUGUAGCGGAAAAUAAAAAUAUCAUCGUGCAGUUCACAGAGUUUUCCCUAGAAGGAGGUCGAAGUGGAUGUCGAUUUGACAAUGUUACAAUUAUAACUCCUGAGUACGGUAGAGAUACCAGUCGUAGUUGGUGUGGAACUGAUCGUCCACCCACUCAAAAUGUUGGAUCGCGAUUGGAACUCCAUUUCAAAACUGACUCUUAUAUCGAACGUAAAGGAUUCCAAUUGAAAUACUAUCUUGAUGAAUGCGGUGAUAUCGUAACCCGGCCUACUGAUAUAAGUUCACCUUCAAUCGAUGAAAAUGGUAAUUACUAUGCUAGAAUUAAUUGUACAUGGAUUGUCAAACCACCCGCAGGUAAAGCUGCCGUUUUGAGAUUUGAAAGUUUCCAUCUGGAAUACAGUACCCAAUGUUUCUUCGAUUUCGUGGCUGUAUAUUCUGGUACAGUCAUCCAGCAAGAAAAUCGACUCGCCUUAUUAUGUGGAAGUUUGAACGGAUCCCUGCCAGUUGUGAAAUCUGAAAACGGCACAAUGACCAUAAAUUUCAUUACUGAUCGAAGUUUCAACUUUGGAGGAUUCAAAGCCAAGGUAUUGUUCACAAAUGGCCAAGCAGCAGGUUGCGGAGGUGAAAUUCGACUCGAUUCUCAUUCACAACAAUUUAGAACUCAAAAAGGUUCGAUGUACGAAGAUUCGGAAGAUUGCCACUGGCUUGUACGAGCGCCGGGCAGUAAUACCGUUAAAUUAUUUAUAAGUAGUAUGGAUUUGAAGAAUUCCUCCUCUCGGGGGCGUGCGAAUCAACCAUGUUCUGGAGAUUAUUUAGAGGUCCGAGACGGCGAAGGACCAUUCUCGGAGCUGAUAGCCACAUACUGUGGAAAUGUGAGCCCUUCUCCGAUAUCGACAUCUUCGAAUAGCAUGUGGAUCAGAUUGGUAACCGAUGGCGACACGAAUGGCAAUGGAAUAUCAGGAACACUUCAAGCUGUACCAUCGCUUUGUGGCGAAUCGACUCUAAUCGUCGCUAAUGAGACCAAAGUAUUAACUUCUCCAGGAUUUCCUAAUAGGUAUGAUGCUGGAAUCAGAUGUCGUUGGAAACUUACGUAUCCCGACUCAGUACACUGGAGACGAAUAACCAUUCACUUCUUGCAAUUCGACUUGGACGAUUCUGAACAUUGCGAGAGAGACAAGCUGCACUUUACAGAUAAAACCAAUCGACGUUAUGUCAGCGAAGGCUUUGGAGAAGAGUUGAUAUUCAGCGGGACGCGUGAUCGCCCUAGACACACGUGGAGGAAUUCUCGGAUGCCACUCGGUAGUUUUUAUUUUUGUGGAUCUGCUCUUCCUCAUGAUUACCACAGUGGCGGGGACGAGGUUGAAUUGGCGUUUACAUCCGCUUCAAAUCCAAAAGGAAGUCAUUCUGGAUUUAAAUUAGAGUACAGUGUAAGCACUUGUACUCGUAAUUUCACUGGUGCCCAAGGACGAAUUGUACAUGACAGUUCAAGAGAUUGUUGGUUUACAAUAACUGCCCCAGAAAACUACACGAUUUCACUUUACUUCAACGAAUUUACGAUGUAUGAUAUACACGAUUGUACCGAACGCGCUCUGCAGAUUCGUGAUGGAGAUUUCAGUGCAAGUACUAUAGCAAUGUUGUGCGGAAUGAACAUACCAGAUCCUGUGUUUAGUACCGGAAAUAGGCUGAGCUUGCACUCGUACUCGCUUAAUGCGGGCUCAUUUGAUACCUACGAUAUAACCUACACGACAACUGAUAAAGGACAAGGUUGUGGGGGAAAACUUUACAAUUAUGAAGGCCGAUUUGCAUCUCCGCUGUAUCCGGGACCAUAUCGUAACACCAGUGAAUGCAUUUGGGACAUUAGCGUACCGAAGAAUUACCUCGUUCUACUAGAAUUUAAAUUCUUUGAUCUUGGUGUAAGAGAAACCUGCGAAACGGACAAUUUGGAGAUAUCUGACGUACAACCGAACGGAGACACCUUAUCUUCAACCGUCUACUGUGGAGGGGACCUACCAGCACCGUUUCACGGAACUACGAAUAAGGUGAAAGUAAAAUAUACGACAUCAGUGAACAACGGAGGAACUGGCUGGUCCAUCAGUUUCAGUGCACAGCGUCAUCACGUUACUAGUUCCCGAUCUUUUCCAUUCGCCGAGAUGUCAUUCCAGAUCGCGUGACGUAGAAUGGCAGGUCGGUUUGGCUCCAAAAUACCAGAAAACACACAUUUACUUUUAUAUCUUCGUCAAGGUUGAUUUGUAUAAUACCAUAUACCUUAGUAUUAAAUAUUAAAAAAAAAAAAUAAAAAAAAAAAAAAGAGA